CUGAGGCCAGACGCGAGGUGUCGCCCCGUACCAGACAGCCCGUUUGGGAGCGAGCCUCAGGUCGACCCAUCAAUGCCUCAGACAGAUAAGCAAAUAUGCAUCCCCCCGGAGCUGCCGGAAUUGCUGAAACAAUUCACCAAAGCCGCCAUUCGGACCCAGCCGCAGGACCUCAUCCAGUGGGCCGCAGAUUAUUUCGGGGCUAUGUCCCAUGGAGAGAUUCCUCCGGUGAGAGAACGGUCUGAGCGAGUGGCUUUGUCUAACUGGGCAGAGCUUACACCUGAGCUGUUAAAGAUCCUGCAUUCUCGGGUUGCUGGCAGACUGAUCAUUCAUGCAGAUGAGCUGGCCCAGAUGUGGAAAGUGCUGAGUCUCCCAACAGAUCUGUUUAAUAGUGUGAUGAAUGUGGGCCGCUUCACGGAGGAGAUUGAGUGGCUGAAGUUUUUAGCUCUUGCUUGCAGUUCUCUUGGAGUUACCAUUGCCAAAACUCUCAAAAUAGUGUGCGAAGUGUUAUCAUCUGACCAUGACGGUGGACCUCCCCGGAUCCCAUUUAGCACCUUCCAGUUCCUCUACACAUAUAUUGCCGAGGUCGAUGGGGAGAUCUCUGCCUCCCAUGUCAGCCGAAUGCUGAACUACAUCGAACAGGAAGUAAUUGGUCCUGAUGGUUUAAUCAAAGUCAAUGACUUUACCCAAAACCCGAGGGUUCGGCUGGAGUAAAAGCACUGUUUUGGCCAUUUUAAAGGAAGAUAACAGAAAUGAUUGUGCUUCAGAAUGACUGAACCCCACGCACCAUCCAAAGUCAAUUUUCUUGUACAACUGGUCCGCACUAAUAAACAAUUAGGCAAACAUAUGAACCCAGAAAUGUGUGGAAUUAAGAUGUAACAUUGUUGGAACAAAACACCUACAUUAACGGAAGAUAUGUAUCCUUCCCACAUGGACACUGACUGAAAGUGGCUAACCAAGCACUGAUAGAAAAUGUCUCUCAAGUCAAAGCCAGGCUGUGAGAUUUUCACAGGUAGCAUGUCAACCAGACACAGUUUUGAGGUUUUGUGAUUACUAAGCAUAACUUAGAGGAGCAUCUUUUACAUAGUCAAUCCACAUUUUUACCAGUUCAGUUCGCCAUUUGUUGGUAUGAUGCUUGUCACUCACUCACUGAUAUUUGUUGAGGUUAGCUAUCUGCGAGGAAUAGGUUGCCAAA